AUGGCCGAAACCGACGCCCCCCUGGACUGCAACGGCUCGCCCGCCGACGACACCCGCCGCGGCCUCCGUAUCGCCUCCAUCUUCAUCAUCCUGGUCGCCUCGCUCUUCGGUGCCCUGGCUCCUGUGCUGCUGGCUCGCCAGACACGCAUGCAUGUACCCAAAUUUACCUUUUUCAUUUGCAAAUAUGUCGGUACUGGUGUUAUUAUCGCGACGGCCUGGAUGCACUUGCUCGAUCCCGCCAUUGACAACUUCAGCGACGAAUGUGUCGCUGCUCGUGUCCCCGAAUACCCCUGGGCCCUUGCCAUUGGUCUUAUGACUGUCAUGACCAUGUUCCUGGUUGAGCUCGUCGUGACCAGCUAUCAAAAGGAUGAUGACCACAACAACGGCAACGCUUCCGACAGCGAGGCUCCGUCGAUGGACUACAUCGCCAAGAAGCGCCCGGCCAUGAAGGACGCUGCCGAUGAUUGCCCCCACAGCCCUGACCUGGAGCAGCAGGUCGGCAUCAAUCCCAAGAGCAUCCCCGGCCGUCCGGACGAUGUCAGCUACCCCCCUGGUGGCGAGGACCAUCUUGCUCACGCUCGCACUCACGAGGAAGGCGAGGGCGGUCUUGCUGGCCAGCUCACUGCCAUCUUUGUUCUUGAAUUCGGUGUCAUCUUCCACAGUGUCUUUGUUGGUCUGACUCUUGGCACCACUGACAACCUUGUCAUUCUUCUCAUCGUCCUCGUUUUCCACCAGAUGUUUGAGGGUCUCGGUCUUGGCUCCCGCAUUGCCACUGCGCCCUGGCCCAAGAGCAAGCAGUGGCUUCCUUACCUCCUCUGCAUUGGCUUUGCCCUUUCUACCCCCGUCGGCAUCGCCGCCGGCAUGGGCGCCAAGCCCGCCAACGCCACCGACCAGAAGCUCACCAACGGUAUCUUUGAUUCCAUCAGUGCCGGUAUUCUCAUGUACACUGGUCUCGUCGAGCUUCUCGCCCAUGAGUUCAUGUUUAACCCUCACAUGCGCCGCUCCCCGCUCAAGAUUCAGCUCUUUGGCUUUGGCUGCAUCGCCUUCGGUGCUGGCAUCAUGGCUCUGCUCGCCAACUGGGCAUAG